CAAAUAACGUGUAUGAGGUGUCCUUGGAUAGCUCUUGAAGUGUAGUUUCAUAAUUGAGUGGUCUUUGUUCGAGGAGAGAGAGCUUAUCAUCCAAAAAUCAAUCUGGAACGAGCAGUGGUCUGUGAACUCGAGCUGUGAGAGUGCUGAGACUGUUUGCUUCAUAUCUCGAGUUAUACACAUCCAAAUAAGGCGUAUAAUAUACCCAAAGAAAGCUCUCAAGACGAGGAAUCCUCGAAGGUCUGGUUUGCAUCAAUCGGAGUAGUGGAAGGCCUCCAAAUCGACCGAGCAAAACACGACCUCGCAGAAUACGUUUUUGUAUUCAAAGAAACGAGUUAACCGGGAAACACCCGUUCUAGGGGCUGUUUUCGUAUCAACGAUUAAGGGUUGAACUAGCACUUGAGGAGGCUGUUUAACACUCAUAUUUGAGCAAGGAAUCAGUUCCAAAUCCACCUUGACCAAAGCUUUGACCAUUGGACCAAGAAGGGAAAGUUUAAAGCUCAAUCGAGGUUGAGGCUAGAGCUUGCUUCCUGUGCUCGUUGCCCGAGUGAUUUCCCCGGAGAGAAGACUUGAAAUGGACCGUGGUAGCAGGAUUACUAGGAGAAACCCGACCGGCCGUGUACCAGAGGAGACUGGACAGGGCAGUCGAAGGACCUCUAGGGCAUCUAGAGGAGCGGGCCGUGGAGGCCGAUCGCAGACCGUGAGUGACGGUCAUGUCGACACAGAAAGUGAAACCUACUGGUCCUAUGAGGACUCGACUUACCAACCGGGGACCGAGCCGGUUGAGACCCCUUACGAAGGGGAUGACGAUGAUGUGAGCGAUGAAGAGGGGGAGAAUGACUCCCUAGCAAGAAUAGAGGCGCUGCUCCAACAAUAUCACCGUGAGCGUGAAGAGAGGAGGGAACGCCGAAGGCGCCGGGCUGGGCAAGCUUCGGGCAUGGCUUCACGAGGAGGAAGUCAUGGUGCAUCUAGAGUCCAUGUGGAACCACGUGGAGGCCAAAAUGAUGGAGGUCCAACCAUAAGGAUCUCCAAGUACAUCAAAGAAGCAAAAGAUUUGGGGUGCAAACCCUUUGAUGGAGCAGGGGACAUUUCAGUGGCAGCACAAUGGAUCAAGAGGCUAAAUGAAGCGGCCCUUGACAUGCAAAUCGCGCCGAAUCUCAAACUGAGAAUUGCGGUAAGAUUGCUCGAGGGGAUGGCAUCCAAGUGGUGGGAUGGAACCAAGAACAAGUACGGUGAGACCGUCGUUUGGGAGGACUUCCAACGGGAGUUCUUUGCCCAAUACUAUUCUGAUUUCGAGGUGAAUAAGAAGGUGAGGGAAUACACCCUCCUAACCCAAGGGGGUAACAUGUCAGUGAAGGAGCUUGAGUACAAGUUCCGGGAUCUCGCCGACUACAUACCGGAGUAUGCUUGUGACGAGAACCGCAUGGUGAACCACUUUUGGGACGCCCUUGACUUGGAGAUACGUGAUAGGGCAACGCAAUUGCCUAAUAUGACUUUCGCCCAAGUGGUUGAACAAGCAUUGAAAGGGGAGAAACAGUGGGAGGAACGGAAGAAGAGAGACGCCGAAGAGGCGAAGAAGAGAAAAUGGGAGAGUCAUGGCUCCCAAGGUUCCAACAAAAGGGGGAACCACGGAGGAGGAUCUUUCCGGGCACCACCGCCACCAUCAAGGGGGAACCAAGGCCCAAGUGGGCAAGGCUCGAGGUCACAGACCUCAGUGGUAACUCGUUGCAACAAUUGCAAGAGGAACCAUUCCGGUAAAUGUCGCGACCCCCCUAGAUGUUUCCAAUGUGGGGAUGCCGGGCAUUUGAAGGCACAUUGCCCACAACUGGGCGGGGCAAGGACAUCGGGACCAAGUAGUGGCCCGACGGGUACACGGAAUCAGACCGGGGCUUCUCAAGCAAGCAGGGGGCAAGGGGGAGCAAGUGCGAGCAACGCGCCAUCCGUGAACCAAGGGAGGACCCAGGCUAGGGUCUAUGCGAUGACGGAGGCGGAUGCUCAAGCUAACCCGGACUCCGUCGCAGGUAUUGCCUCUCAUAUACUAGUGUUUUAUCCUUAAUUAGUCCAUAAAUUGAGGAUACUAAUCGCUAGGAUCAUUGCACGAGGUUUUGGGGUCGAACCGGGGGAUUUCGGGCAACUUCAGGCGGCUGGGACCCAGGCACGAUCGUGCCUAAGGCAGACACGAUCGUGCCUCCAAGUCAGUAGCUGCCCAGGAAUACUCCCAGCCCAGGCACGAUCGUGCCUAAGGCAGACACGAUCGUGCCUACAAAGCAGUAGCUGCCCAGGGUUUUUCUCCAAACCAGGCACGAUCGUGCCUAAGGCAGACACGAUCGUGCCUCCAAGUCAGUGGUUCCCAGGAUUUUUCCAACCCAGGCACGAUCGUGCCUAAGGCAGACACGAUCGUGCCUCCAAGGCAGUAGCCCCAGGGCGUUUUCCUGAGCCAGGCACGAUCGUGCCUACCCCGGGCACGCCGUGCCUGGCACCCAGAUUGCCGAAACCCGAUUUUUUCGCAUCGUUUUGCGACGUUAAGGCCUCUUCUUGAUCCCUAACGUGCGUGUGAACAUUGCAACCUUCUAUAAAUGAGUAGGG